GAAUACUGUAUAAUAUUAUAAUAUUAUUAUUGGAAACGGCGUCGUCGCACGACCGUCCUUACCGAACGUUUUUAGUGUCCGAUAGCAAUUUUCGUCGGACGUCCGUCCGGAAUAAUAUACAGUAUCGAAUAACCCGCGGCAAUAAUCGUCGACCGUUUCGAAAAAAGUGUAAUAAUAUUCUUUUAAAACGUUAUACGAAAUGAAGACUGCUGCGACUACGCUGUUGGUUUUUACCCUUUUCGUCGAUUACUCGUUUUCGGCCGGGGACUUGGAAAGCACGCUAAAUCAUUGUUGUAACACGGGAAAAACGUGGAGCAUGGAAAAAAAAUCUUGCAAUAUCACUCUGUCGUUUCCUUUGUUCAACGUCAAUGUCGAACACAAUACGAUGUGUCUGACCAUGGUCGGGGCGUGUUGUUUGCAAUCGUUGAGAGAAAUACGGUGCAACGAGGGAAAACAAGUCGGAUUAGAAAAUGGAGUUUGUAACGAAAAAACACAAAUAGGAAAAAAUCAAGUUGAUUUUAUGAUAUGCUGUGAAAUAUGUAAAAUCGGUGUCACUGUUGGUUCAACGAAAUCGAUAUGUCAAUCAACGCCACUGUUUCACGAUCACCAAUGGGGCGAAGUGUAUCAGUCAUGCUGUAGUGUAGCUUCUACAAAAGUAAAAUCGAUUUCGACCGAACCUAAAAAAGACUAUGUGACACCUGCUGACGUAAAUCCUUGUACUGAUGGAACACAUAGUUGCACGUCUAGUGAAAUAUGUAUAACUACACCAAAUGGAUUUGAAUGUCAACCAUACCUACAACCGUCAAUGAUGUCGUUGGUUCCUGAAAAAUUAACUAUGCCUAAAAAAAAACAAAUUUGUGACCCUGGAUACGCAUAUAGUUUGUAUGAACAAAAAUGUAAAGAUAUAGAUGAAUGUUCUCAAAAACCUUGCGAUAUAAAUGAAGUGUGCAUAAAUUCGCCGGGAAGUUAUAAAUGUCACUGUAAAAGUGGUUAUCAAUUGGACAAAGUAACCAAUGCGUGCACAGAUAUAAACGAAUGCCAAUUAAAUUUACACACGUGUCAAGAAUCUCAGCGAUGUGACAAUACGGCCGGUUCGUAUCAAUGUAUCCGUUUCACCGGAUGCGGAACAGGGUACACGCUGGAUGUCGAAUCCGCUACAUGCAUAGAUGACGAUGAAUGUGCACUGAAGACGGAUACCUGUAGCGUUUUAGGUCCCGAGUGGAUUUGCAGAAAUACCUUAGGUUCGUUUCGGUGCGAUAAGAAACGUUGCGUGGGACCGAAUUGCCGAGUACUUCAGGGAAGCAACAACAACACUAAUCAGAUCAAUCGGAACAGCGCUAAAUGUCUUCGUGGUUAUGAAAUGGACCAAAACAAUAAGUGUAUAGACAUAAAUGAAUGCAGGUUGGCAAAUCGGUGUAUGGCAAACGAAGUGUGCAUCAACACGAAUGGAAGUUAUUACUGUUUGCCCAGGUCAAAAAAUUCUCUGAAGUGAAUGUAAAAUAAAAUAAAAUAUGUUAUAUAAGUAUACUUGCGAAUGAAUUGUAUGUAUAUUAAAAGUAAAUUGAUGUUUGUA